AUGGCAACCGGAAACUCUUCGCCAGAGCUUGACCUGUACUGGGAAGUGCAUGACUCCCGCACGCCCAGGGCCGAGGUCAUUCGUCAUCCCAACACGUCCAGGGUCGAGGUCACGUCUGGUGAAGUGACAUCGUCAGCUGGGUCAUCGUCGCAGCCUACUGCCAGUACGUGGUCCUCGCCUUGGUCCGGACACUCGUCUAGUCGACGUCAGUCUUCCUGUUUAUAUUUCUCCGACACGUCUAGUCCGCCUCCCAGGGUGCCCAACAACUCUCCCGCGGAGGGAGGCGCCUCUCCCACGGAGGGAGAGGUGCCUCUCGCCUCCCUCAUCUUCCUAGGUGAUGACGACGUGUUUACGGACUAUUCUGGGGUCACGCCCUUUCCCACAAGCGUCACGUGGGCUCCCGGCGCCAUGUCCUCACCCACUGGCGCCACUUGGGCUGCCGGUGUCACGUCCCCACUCACUGGCGUCAAGCCAUCACCCUCCAGCGUCACGUGGACUUCUAACAUCAUGACCUCGCCCACUGGCGUCACGCUCACUCCCGUCGGCGUCACACCCACUCUUGUUGGCGUCACGCCCUCACCCGCUAACGUCACAAGAGCGUCCACACUACCCGGAGCUCCCAGUUCGGACUCGGGUUGCCAGCAACAGAACGAGAGUCCAAAUAGCCCAAAGACAGGUCCCCGGAAUGGCGCCAAGGGCAAGGAGGGACAUGGAAAUGUGCACACGUCCUCCCACACCACCACUCCCCCACACACGUCCCCCCACACCACCACUCCCCCACACACGUCCCCCCACACUACCACUCCGAAAACCUCCUCACCAAACCCUGUAGCUGGUGGAAUCAACCGAAUCACACAGGCGUCAAACGACGCUAAAACCCGCGUCCAGUCAAGAGGCAACGAGAGUAAAAGUGAUCCAUCAGGACUCUCGCCAGCGGCCGGCCAGGGCGACCUUGCCUACCGAGGUCGCCACACUCAGCCCUACUCCCUAAGGACCUGUUCGCCAGUCUGUGCUCAAAAUUUCGCCAAACUUUCGAAAGAACUUGGCGAAACGAAAGAUCAGCUGUUUGCCUUGUCUGUACAAAUGGAAGAGCAGGCAUCCCACAUCAACAAACUUAUGGAAGAAAACAGAAGAUACAUCAGAGAAAAUGGCAAACUAAAGAAAACCUGGAGCGGUCACAUAAACGGUAACGAUAGCUGUGACGAACGACUGUACAGCGGCGACGGAGCUACGGAGAUAGUGGACAGAGUCCUCGCUCUGCAGCUGCAGAACAAUGAACUUAACGUGUGUCUGGAGAGAGAGAAGAGAAGGAGAAUGGAGGCUGAGGCGAGGCUACAGCGAGAUGGAAGCUACAUCAAACGACUCGAAGAUAGUGUUCAGACUUUGCGAGGGACCCGAGUGGUGAUGGACCCCGGCACCUACCGCCAGGUGGCAGAGGCGUACAUCGCCGCCCGCCGCACGCCCGCGCGCCGCCCUCAUACCCACCCGGGCAUUCCCGGCUCAGAUCUCGUCUGCGAUUCUCCUCAGGACUCGCAAUUGAGUAGCCGAAGACUGUCGCAUCCGUCGCCUCUCCAGUCUUCCAGCUGCCCAUCCUCGCCCACAAAUGGGUCCUCGCCCUGCUCUUCGCCAAACUUCUACUCCUCGCAACCUUCCCAGGUUUACCCAGCAGAGAUCCCCGUCCAGAGAAAUCGCAACGGCAAGACGAAGAAGGAGCGUGUCCAUAAUCCGCAUGAUCUAGGGUGUGGUCUGGGAGUCGCGGGGAGCACCAUGAACCCCUGGGACUACCAGCAGCUCCUAGAGAGCCUUGAAGACCUCGAUGGCGCUAGUAGAGGGGCCUUGUCCUGAAGAGGAAACAGAUUGCCGUUGAAUCCUGAAACAGUAUUAUGUCCCCUGAUACUUCCUGGAAACUGGAAGACUCUAGCUGGAUACCUGGAGACUUGGCAUUCUUCUCGCAGAUGUGUCAGCCCCUUUUACUUGGACGUGAAGACUGCAGAUAGCUGGUCGAUGACCGCGCUCUGUCUGGUGCUCCAAGCUUGCCACGCGUUGCAGAACAAUACAUUGUCCUGGUGACAUCUCCUUCAGCCUUUCGUGAAGUGGUACAACGAUUCUGCUGACGAAUGGUGCUGUUUUGAAAGGAUCCACGAAAGGCCUAUCCAGAGGCUGGUGAUGAUUUAACCAAAUGAUGCUUGUCGAAACUCAGACGUUGAUUAUGCUCAGAAGAUAUUUACUGUGUGAGUUAUGUUGCGAGGCUCUGUCCUCACCCUCCUGGCUACUGUGAAAGAAUCUUACACAGUAUUUUUAUGCAGGUUACAAUUACCUCCGAUUAGAGAAUAACAAGUUAUGAUUUGAAAUGAGUUACGUUUGUCUUGCUCUGUAAAAUUAUCAACAGUCACGUGUGUUUAUUUAAUAUAUUAUUUAACAUAUAUAUGUACACACUAGUUGUGCACACAAUAGUACGAGAUUGUAUACCUAAUGAUCUACUGUCACACCCCCGGCACUAUGCACUUCCAAGAUGUUUUGAUAGACAUGGAAAUGGUCAAUUAUUCUGUGCCAUAAGAUUGAUUUAACAGCAAUAUUGAUGAGAACUGUAGGUCAUAUGGUCGAGUCCACCUUCAGUGGACGAUGUUUACAAAGCUUUUCCAAAGCCUAAGACUUAUUUACAGUUGUUGAGAUGGAAUUAACUGGAUUAUGUACAUUUACAGUGAAAUCUGAGAUGUCAGAUCUAGUUGACUAGUGGAUGGCUGUGAUAUGUUAUUAUAUGUUAUCUUGCCUUAUUGCAACAACUUGGUGAUUGCAGAGAACCUAGAAGUUACCAUACAGUGAAUGUUAUCAAAUUCUUCGAAUAUUAAAUUAUUGGAAAUAUUUUUUAAA